UAUUUGUAAAGUUAAAGAUUACAAAACCAUCACUUUGCUCCCCACCUCUUUCACUCAACACUACUCGCUAUCUCCUCCAAAAAACAAAAACAAAAUGCAGGUUCAGAAUUAAACUGAAUUGCAAUGAUAUACCUAAAAUAUUCAACAUAUCUUCCUUCACAUUGCUAAGAGAGCUGAAAAAAGCCGAAAUGCUGGUUCAGACGUGAACCAAAUUGGGAUGAUCUAGCUCGAUUAUUGAAGAUUUUGCCAUCACGUUUUUAAGAGGCAUUGAAGGUAUAUAUGAAAGAAGCCAAUCUGAAGAUUCUACUGUUUUAGUCAAGGAGGGGAGGGGCAGAUGGAGUCCAAUAUGCCGCUUGAUGAUGCGGUUUUCCAGUUGUCACCAAAACGCUCUCGAUGUGAAUUGUUUGUUUUCAGUGAUGGAAACAUGGAGAAACUGGCAUCAGGAUUAUUAAAGCCGUUUGUGACCCAUUUAAAGGUUGCAGAAGAACAAAAUGCAUUGGCAGCUCAGUCUAUCAAGCUUGAAGUUAACAAGCGUAAAAAUUCUGAAACGUGGUUCACAAAGGGAACUCUAGAAAGGUUUGUGAGGUUUGUUAGCACACCAGAAGUUUUGGAGCUUGUCAAUACCUUGGGUGCAGAAAUGUCUCAGCUUGAAGCCGCCCGAAGAAUAUAUUCCCAGGGAGAAGGGUAUCAGUUUAGUAGCACGGGAAGUGGUGGAUCUGGAGUUACAGUAGCAGCUGAUGCAACAAAGAAGGAACUUUUGCGAGCUAUUGAUGUGAGGCUUAUUGCCGUACAGCAGGACUUAAUUGCAGCUUCUUCUCGUGCAGCUGCUGCUGGUUUCAAUCUAGACACAGUAUCAGAACUUCAAAUGUUUGCAGACCAGUUUGGUGCCCAUCGCUUGAAUGAAGCAUGCAACAAAUUUAUAUCCUUGAGUGAGAGGUGGCCAGAUUUGAUCAGUCCGUGGAAAGGGAUGCAAAGAGAUGAUCAAGCUGUUCGGUGCUCUUAUGGAUCAGACAUGUCGAUUGAUGAGGACCCUGCUAUUUCCGACCAGCCACCUACUCUGUCCCAUUCUACUAGUCGAGAAUCCUAUUUUAUCAAACAACAGCAUCCACACCACCUCAACCAAUGUAUGUCCUCGCAAUGUCAGCAACUGACACCCCCCUCGCAACAUUACAAUAGAGAAUCAAAUGUAAAAUCAGAAGAGAAGAGUAAGGAAAGGGAUGUCAUCGCUCAGAAAGAAAAGGAAGUCGACACUUCACCCAAGCAAGCCGAAUCAGCCGAGCUUAGUAGACAUAAAAGGCGGCUCAGUGUGCAGGACCGUAUCAGCUUGUUUGAGAACAAGCAGAAGGAGGAAAGUUCUGGGAGCACUGGCAAGCCAGUGGUUGGAAAACCUGUAGAACUUCAGAGGUUAUCAUCUGGUGUCUCAACCCCACCUGUCAUUGAAAAGGCGGUGUUGAGAAGAUGGAGUGGUGCCAGUGAUGUGACCAUUGAUUUGACUGGUGACAAGGACACUGAGAGCCCUCAAUGCACCCCUUCUUCUGCCUCUGUUUUUCAGUCCAAGUCAAAGGACCAAAAGGCAUCAAGUUUGACUGAUACAGCAAGCUUUGGCAGGCCAAAUUUAUGCAGUGUUUCAUCUAUGAUUGGUGACAGCAAAUUAAAUGAACAGACAGAUGAUAAUUUUAGGAUUCCAUAUACAAAUGAAAAGGAAGAGGUGUCUGAUGCGAAGCGAUUAACUGGUUCUUACAGGAAUAUAGAAGAUUCUUCCAAGUCUAUAUCAAAUUCUACUUCAGAUAUCCUUGAUACCGAUGGAUGGAAAGAACAAGCUAGUGGAAAGUCCAGGUCAAUCACACUUAUUAGAAGGGCUGACGAAAAGAGUCUGAAAAAUCAAAUGGAACCUGGAGGACAAUUUCUCACAUCCCCUGGCAGUAAGCACAAUCUAAUUGCUUCAACUCCCAACUCAAACUUCAAAGGGUCCCAAGGAGGUGAUGAGUUUGGAGGGAAUAAAGGCGAAUUGAUUCAUAAGGCUGCUGGCCUGAAGAAUCAUGGUGCUCGGCAAGAGCGUGAAGCUGUGAAGGCCAAGAUUUGGAAUCAGGAGGAACUGGGAUCAAGUGAUCUUUCAGUUUUGUGGUUACGAGAUAAGUCCUCUCAAAGGAUUACAGAGGACUCUGUGCCGUUGGAUAGCAGUUCUAGAGUAGAAGUUACAGAAUCGUUUUCUGCUAAAGGCAUUGAAAAUGAUUCUCUGUACCUGCAAUCAAGAUGGCGAUCCCCUGACAAAAUUGAGGAAGUUGGUGAGGAUGAGUUGGGCCCAUCUGAGAAAUUAGCAGGUGCUUCUGCAUCAAAUGGAGAGGAUUUCAGACAGCAACUAAUGAAGCUUAAAACACAAGGUGCUGCCGCUGACCAGAUCAGGAAGGCACAAGAUAGCAGAGAUGAAAGCAAUUCUGGAACUGGCAAACUGAUGUUGUCCGGCAAAAUGUUUAUGGAGGCUCAGGAUGGACCCAAGUCAUUUUUGACACCCCCUAUAGGUAAACUUCAGAGGGUAAGGCAGUCAAAAGGAAAUCAGGAGUUGAAUGACGAGUUGAAAAUGAAAGCUAAUGAGCUUGAAAGGCUUUUUGCUGAGUACAAACUAUGUGUCCCAGAAGACCUAUAUAAUUCUACCAGGAAAAGCAAGGCCAGCAACAUGCAAGGCCGGCAAGUUGCAAUUUCUUCCAACAAGAAGCCUGAUGUAGAUGAUGCUCUUGUUCAAUUAUCUGACAAUUACAUGUUGAAAGAGUCUGCCACAAAUUCCGAUGAUGUAGAUAGAUCCGCUAUUACUCCACCGAUUAAAGAGACUGACAAUCAGACUUUUGGAGAUCUUUUAAGUAGGACUUCCUCUGAGCUUAGUUUUUCAGAUGGCUCUCGAGGAAAAUUCUAUGAGAUAUAUAUGCAGAAACGAGAUGCAAAACUUAGGGAAGAAUGGAAUUCUAAGAGAGCUGAGAAGGAAGCCAAACUGAAGGCAUUGGAGGAUAGCCUUGAGAGGAGUAGAACUGAUAUGAAGGCCAAGUUUGCAGGGUCCACUGACAAGGUCAGUGCUGUUUCUGGUGUUCGUCGACGUGCUGAGAGACUUCAAUCAUUUAAUUCUAGGUCCAUUUUGAGGAGAGACCAGCAACAAUUAGUUUUUGAGCAAACUGAUGAAGAAGGUAUUCCUGAAUUUCCAAAGCGGAAAAAAUAUGGUAAAGACAAGUCUUUUGAUGAAACAUUUGUUGGGGAGGAUCGUUCUAAAAACACUCGGAACAAGAAACUAUUUCCUGUCAAAAGUUUUUCUUCAUCCACACCUUGCACCUCAGUAGUACCUGUUCCAAGGUUUGGCAGGAAAGCUUCUAGUAGUACCUCAGGUAGACGAAGAUUUCCAUAUGACAAUCCUCUUGCUCAGUCUGUCCCAAACUUCUCUGUCAUCAGAAAGGAAAACACCAAGUCUUCUUCUGCAGUUGGUAAAACAACUCGUUCACAAUCUUGAAACUAUAUCCGUGAUAAAAGCUCCAGUGAAGGGGCAUUUGUCAAGGAGGAAAAAUCAUGGCGAUCACAAUCCUUGAGGAAAACACAUUUUGCCAAUGUGGGAGAAUUUAGCGAAGCAUCUCCUUUGAAUUCAGAUGGUUUUGUGGCACCACUCAGGUUUGAGAUGAAACAAAUUGGCAAUGAUAAAUUUCUAAAAAGUUCAGAUUCGAAAACUUUCUUAAUAAAGGGUAAAGACCCUGUCUUUAGCGCUAGAGCUGGUCUGACUAUGAAAGGGUCUUCUGUCGUAUCUAAGCUUGAGGACAAUGAUAACGAAUCUGGUGAUAUGGUUCUUGA